AUGCCGCAGCUGUUCGACUUGCGCGAGCCCUACCGGGAUCGUGACCCACAUCGACAGGAGCAGGUCAUCAAGGACCAGCAGCAGAAGGAGCAUCUCACCUUCCGAUCCUUUUGUACCGGACAAGGACAGAAGCGUGCUUCGGCCUUCAUCGCUCCACCUCCUCGACGACCAGGGCUGGUGCUCCGAGGUCUUGAGGAGCCAGCUCAGCACUGGCGCCUGGGCGACGCGGUGGUGAUCCAAAACUUGUCGCGUCGCAAGGAGCUCAACGGCCUGGUAGGCACGGUGGUCAAGGACCAAGCCGACGAGUUCGGCCGCGUCUACGUGGACCUGGCGUCCGCGCCUUGUGCGGUGCCCUCCAUGCCGGAACGGCGGGUGGUGAAGGUCCGGGGCGAACGCUUGCAGCGGCCCGGAGGGGACCGGGACCUGCCGCCCUGGAUGCCUGCCGGGCGAGAGAAGACGGACCCUUUGGGCGCCAGCUACUGGUCCUCCUCGGGCAUCCGCACGGGCUUUCCAGGAUUUGGGAUCAUGAAGGAGAAGCUCUGGCAGUCUUCCCCGGAGCUCCGGGAGAGGUUCCAGGAGAUCUCCAAGGUCUCUCACCGCUCCUAUACGCGCACGGCCCGGGCCGCCCAGCAGCCGUCUGUGGCGGCUUUCUGCCAGAGCAGUCCCAUGAGAGUGAGGCCCUUCAGUGGCCAAGUCUCGCAAUUGGAACAUGCCUUGCUGGCCGUGGUCCGUGCCAACAGCAUGAACGAGGUCCUCUAUGCGCCGAUGUGUGGUCUCGUCCUGGUCACCAAGGUGGAAGAACAGGCCUUGCAGCUUCUAUGCCCGGCACCGCCGCCUUUGCCUGCCUCUUACCUGGUGGCUGGAGCCUCAGCCAUGUGUGAGAUGAUGAUGCAACCUCUCAUGAAGCCCUUCCGCGUGGCGGGCGAUAUGUCCAUCGCGGAGUUCAAUGGCCUGCUACAGAAAGCCGAGGGCCGGGACAAGCUGGCGCGUAUCUUCCAGUAUUCUGCACGUCUUUUGGUGGGCAGCGUUGCCCUUUUGCAGCCCACGGCUGGAACACUCCUGGCAAGGAUGGAAGGCCAUGCCAGGACUGUGAUGGUCCAGUUGGCCAGUGCUCGGAGAACACAUCGCUGGAUGAAGGAGUUGCCGGUGAUACAAGGCUUACCGCAGUCCUUCAAGAUCGGCGACCCCCUGGACCUCGCCUUGGACGUCCUCCAGAAGGUGUCUUUGAUCGCCUUUCUGAUCACCGAUCACAUUGGUAUGCUGAAACAGUGGAAGAUUCUUUCGGGUGGAAAGAGGGCUGGUACUGGAACCAUUCAGUUGGGCUUGAAGAUCUUCACCUUCUGCAAUGCCCUAGGGGUCCUGUGCAACCUCAAGAAGAUUAAGGAGAUAGGCCUACAGGAAGAAAAACGGGAUCAACUUGGGAAGUGUUGGGAAGCAGUGGUGAAGCAUUCACUGCUGAUGAUUCAGACCUCACAUCUGUCACUUCUAUACCAGACGCACGAUGCUUUUGUGGGCAUCUGUGGCAUCAUCACAAGCAGCAUAGACUGCUACGCCCAAAUUCCCUUCAAGCCAAAGGCUGUGGCGGAUAAGGAGCCCAAGGAGUCGAAGGCCAAAUGA